CCCAUUGCAUAGCUCAGUAUAAGCCCUAUCAGCUCGACCACGUAUCACAGCCUCUUUCGUUGUCCUUGUCAGCAGGAGAUAAGAUUCUGGGCCUUCGUUUUAGCCUGAUCCAGCCCAACAAUUGCCUAUUCUUUCCUCCUCAAUAGCAUCGCUCGCCAUUUAUGGGCGUCAUCGCUCCCGCUCGCGACCUGCGACCACCAGAUGUCAUCGUACGGCAGUACGGGUGCUAUGGACUCGCUCGCCGCACGAAUGAACCAGCAUUGCGCUUGUUCUCCCAUUGACAGCGGGAACGGGACUGAACUGUUUGAGACGGGAAUUACGGCCCGUAGUUCGCGGGGUUUCAGUGCGGACGCCUACUACGCGGCGUUUGAGUGUCGGAGAUUUUUAACUCCCUCGGAGCAACAACCGCGCAUCAUGACCGUGCACGAGACAGAGCGGAGCAGCUCGUUGGCCAUCGACGGCCGCUCUCGACGAGCCGUGCAUUGCGACUCAAGCUCUCGCUGUCCACCGUCCACCAAUAACAGCCGCCUCCACGUCGACCGCCCGCAACGAGAAAGCUGGACGAGCGACCACAGCUGGACGGCGGGUCUCCCGCACAGCCUCACUACUGAACGACGCCGCCGUCAGCCCUGCGAGGCCGUGUCUCCGCUCACUUCCCCCCGCGGCGAUGUCGGCGGCGCGCCGCUCGCAGAAACGCCCCGAGCAGCGAAGGCGCAACGAGGGCAGCGCGCCGCGCACCACUGCACGAGCGCGGUUAACGCUCGCGCCGGGCCGGGGAGGGCAGAGUGCGGAGCAGCAUGUGCCGUGGACCAGACAAGUGCAUUCUCGCAGGGGUUAAUCCCUACGAAUGGAUGGCCUCAGUGCGCAGAGUGCAGUGAAGCGAGGCCAAGGAGGCAUGCUGCGCAGUCACGGCAGGCAUUGCCUGAGAGGGCUGGCCGAUGGGCGUGUGCCUGGCGCAGCAGCCCCCUGCGGUUGCGGGCUCUGGGCACCCUGCCUCUGGCACUGCGGACGGCACUCCUGCUGCUGCUGGUGCUGCUGGAUUCUGGGUUCGCGUCACCGAUUGGAGCAUCACAUGGCCCAGGUGUCUCCUCGGCCGUGCGCAUCAACUGCGGGGCGUCGGAGCACGUGACGGGAGGCGACGGCCGCGUGUGGGAGCCCGAUGCCUUCUUCGCAGGCGGCGAGACAGCGCCUGUUCUCAACGCCACGCAGUUUGGCUUCCCCAAGGAGGUGCACUCGCAGCGCGCUUUCCACGCGCGCGACGUCAGCUGCUACGACAUCCCCGUGGCCCCCGGCCGCUUCAUCGUGCGCCUCGCCUUCGCCUUCCACAGCGACCAGCUGCCUGUGAAGACCUUUGAGUCUGUCUCGUCGGUGACGAUUCAAGGAGGCCGCACUUACAUUCCAAACGGCUUGACUGUCACGGCCUCGGCUGCUGUUUCCCGCGCCGCGGUGAGCAGUGACAGCGGGGCUUCGGCAUAUGCAGCUGGUGCAGCAGUUGCGGAUUCCACUGCUCCUGGUCCUGCCGUUGCUGCUGCUGCUGCAGCAGCAGGGGCUGCGGGUGAUUCUGAGGCAAGUCCUGCAGCCGUGGAGGGCCGCUUGCAGGAUAACUUGCCAUUCUCGUCCGCCCCCUGGAAUGGCUCUCCGGGACCUUCUGGAGGCCAAGGAAUGGCGGAUAUACCGCAGGGGGUGGGCGAGAGCGAGGAGGGGGGAAUGAUGAGUGAGCGCAUGCAGAGGUGGUGGCCACGGUUUGCAGUGGUGGUGGAGGGCGUGCAGAUGGAGACGGUGAGCAUGGCGCAGCAUGUGGGGACGGUGUAUGUGCCCGAGUACAUAGUGGACAGCGCCGACGCCUCGCUCACGCUCUGCUUCCUGCCCGUGUGGGGCCACGCGCUCGUCAACACCAUCGAGGUGCUGCCAGUGCCCGCCUCCUUCUACCUCCUCCCGCCCAUCGUCCCCCCCAACGCCUUCCUCGCCCUGCGCGCCCGCAUCGACUGCGGGAGAGCGCCAACGAAUGGCUCGGCAGGCAGCAACAGCAGUAGCACGGAUGGCAGCACCAACAGGCUGGCUGCCAGCGGCGGUGCUGUACCGGCAGAGCCAGCGAGCGCCUCCACGUGGAGUUUCAACGCGUCCGUGGCAUCGACAGAGCUUGUGCCCUUGCGCAAUGGCACGAGGCUGGUGGAUCCCCUAGGGCGACUGUGGUCCAGUGACCUCAACCAGAUCGUGCAGACGCAGCAGGUGGGCAGCUCACCGGCAGCUGGAGAGCCAGCUCACGAAGCAGAGAGCGGCAAGCAGCGCGAGAAACAGUGGCGUGUGAAGCCGCCCAAAUCUAUCAGCACUGUCGUGCCAGUGAACGGUGACGGGGAAUCCCCUUUUUUCCUAUCGCAGGCGCUGUUGCAGACGUCACGGGAAGCGGUGCUGGCGAGUGGGCUGCACUACUCGUUUUCGUUCCGCAUUCCUGCGCGGCUGAACCGGUGGGUGGUGCUGCUGCACUUUGUGGCGUUGCAGCCGGAGUCGCGCGUGGGGGAGCGAGUGUUUGACAUCCACGUGAAUGGAGUGACUGUGAGAGGCUUUGACAUCCUCAGGGAGGCCAAGGGCCUCCACAACCGCCUCGUCACGCUGCCAGUUGUCGUCGGCUUCAGCCGCCCCGCCAUUGGGUCCGCACCUACUCUGGAGGUGCAGCUGGUGGCCCGCAAUGGCAGCAAGUUCAGCCCCCUGGUCAGCAGCAUCGAGGUCAUUGAAGUCGUGCGCGCCAAUGUGCCCCGAGAAAACGUUAUCUCAGAGCUCAAAGCGCAGCAGAGUGGAGACCCGAAGGAAGCCCGUCCACCUGCCUCCUCUCACUCAAGCUAUGCGGGUGUGGUGGCAGGGGCAAUAGGCGGAGCAGGGGCCCUGGUGCUCCUUGUAAUGCUGGUGCCCCUGGUGCUGCUGUGGCGGCGCCAGCAUCGUCGCCGUCAUGCCAUGCGCUCUCAGCUACUAGGGCCUGGUGUCCUUGACUCAACAGCAGCAGAAAUUGUAGAUUUGGAGGUUAGAACUAGCGAAGAGUUGGGCCUUGUUGAGAUUGUAGAAGAGAUUUAGUUUUUAUUUGAUGUGUGUAUAUAGUCCAUCAUGCCUAAGCGUGUGUCAUUGGUGGCAGACUGGCAGUAACGUCAGUGCGGUUUCAUGAG